AUGACAUCGCUUUCGCAGGUCCCCCAAGAUUCACCUUUCACGAUCGACAACAUCCCUUUUGGCGUGUUCUCCACGAAAGACGAUUCAACGCCACGAUGCGCGACCGCGAUCGGCGAGUAUGCUCUAGAUCUACGAGCGCUUAGCGGGGGAGGCUUCUUCUCAGACGCCUCGGUGACCGACGCUCUGGCCCAGACAUCUUUGAAUGCAUUCGCAGCACUUGAGUCCAAGUUUAGGACGGCGGCGCGCAACCAAAUCAUCUCGGUCAUCAAGGAUGGCAAGAUUCCAGAGACAUGCCUGCACCUGUUGGCUGACGUGGAGAUGCACUUACCGGUUGCGAUUUCGGAAUAUACCGACUUCUUUUGUUCGCUGGAACAUUGUAGAAAUUGCGCGCCCAUGAUGAAAGACGGCAUUCCCCAGAACUUCUUCCACGCACCUUCCGCGUAUAACGGCCGGGCGUCUAGUGUUCUUCCAUCGCCCUCCGUAAUCCGUCGACCGCGCGGUGUCUUCUGGAAAACUGGACACGACGGCACGCGCGUGCCCACAUAUGGCGCUGAGGAGCAUCUCGAUUUCGAGCUCGAGGUAGGCUACAUCGUCUCCAAGCCGGUGCCCUACGGGGAGACGAUCAAGGUGGAUGAUGCCCCAGAUCAUAUCUUCGGCUUCGUCCUGCUCAACGACUGGUCGAGCCGCGAUCUGCAAGUCUUCGAAAUGCCGCCUCUUGGCCCCUUCAGCUCCAAAUCCUUCGGCACAACCAUCUCCCCGUGGGUCAUCACACUGGACGCCCUCAAGGCCUUUCGAACGGCUCCCAAGCACGAGACCACCCCGCUAGAGCACCUUCGGUACAAAGACUUCGCGCGCGGGACCUUCGACGUCAAGCUCGCAGCCCAUCUGGAACGAGGGGGCAAGCGCCAUCGACUCGCGACCAGCAAUCUCAAAUACCUGUACUGGACGCCCUAUCAGCAGAUCACGCACCACGCGUCCGCGAACUGCGGCCUCCGCACGGGCGAUCUGAUAGGCACGGGCACGGUUUCCGGCGAUGGCGUGGACACUCAGGGCAACAAGUGCGAGCUAGGGUGUCUGUUUGAGGCGACGCUCCAUGGCUCGCGGCCGGUGAUGCUUGAGAGUGGUGGUGAACUGCGGUAUUUGGAGGAUGGCGAUUCGGUCGUGCUCUCGGCGUGGUGUGAGGAUUCCCGUGGGCGGAAGGUGCUCGGGUUUGGGGAGUGUCGGGGAUUGAUUAUAGGGCCGGAUGCGCCAAUUCGAUGA